ACUUAUUCGAGUGAGCAAUACACGGGGCACUCUUCCCACGGGGCUGCCGCGCCGGUCGCCGCCGCCACCGCGCCUUUCCCUUCUUCUCCUCCCCGCUUCCCCUCCUUCUCUAGAUUCAUGACUCAUGACGGCGUCCUCUGAGAUUUCUUUGCUCUCCCGACAUAGGUUUAGAUGAUUCCUCUUUCUUUAAGUUCUCUCAUGAAAUUGCGACGCUGCGGCGGGGAGGCGGCGGCGGAGACGAGGCUGGCGUCGCAACGGAGCUCGAUAUCUCAUACCUUUCCGGCUCUCUCUCAAGGGUUUGGAUGCAAUGAACCCCAGAAUUUCGGAUCUUGUCUGUUUUCGAUUUUGGAGUUGUCCCCCAUUGUAUUUUCUCUAUCAAAAUAGAAGUAGAGAUCAAAGAUUCUACUCAUUGUGACUAACUGACAAUGUGCAUCAUCAAUUUUGGUUUUCAUUCAGGAGUGGGUGAAGGGGAUCGAUCAUGAGUUACCAGACUGAAGCCGGUGAAGUCAGUAGACAUGAGGGAAAGUACAUGGCAAUGAUCAUGUGCUGGCUCCUAGGAAAUGGAUCCCUUGUCGCAUGGAAUAGCAUGUUAACAAUUGAAGAUUACUAUUCUAACCUCUUCCCAAGGUACCACCCCACAAGAGUACUUACACUUGUUUAUCAACCUUUUGCCCUUGGGACACUUGCAAUACUAACAUAUAAUGAAGCAAAGCUCAACACCAGAAAACGCAACCUAAUUGGAUAUACUCUGUUCUUUCUAAGUUCUCUGCUCCUAAUUGUGUUGGAUGUGGCAACAGCUGGAAAAGGUGGGAUUGGAGUCUUUAUAGGUAUAUGUGCCAUCACUGGAGCAUUUGGAGUCGCUGAUGCUCACGUUCAGGGGGGCAUGGUUGGUGAUCUGUUCUUGAUGUGCCCAGAAUUCAAUCAGUCCUUUUUGGCUGGCUUGGCUGCAUCUGGAGCACUAACCUCUGCUUUGAGAUUAAUAACAAAGGCCGCUUUUGAGAACAGCCAAGACGGUCUUCGCAAGGGAGCCAUGAUGUUCUUUGCAAUCUCAGCAUUCUUUGAGCUACUCUGUGUGCUAUUGUAUGCAUUCAUCUUCCCCAAGGUGCCGAUUGUGAAGUACUACCGUUUAAAAGCAGCUUCAGAAGGAUCUAUGACAGUUUCUGCUGAUCUUGCUGCUGCUGGCGUCCAAAAGCAACGGCAUCAAGGAGCUGAAGAGGACCCUAAACUCUUUGAGCGUUUGACAAACAAGCAAUUGUUAUUGCAAAAUACAGAUUAUGCACUUGACGUAUAUCUGAUAUAUGUUUUGACAUUGUCAAUUUUCCCUGGAUUCUUGUCUGAGGAUACUGGGUCCCACAGCUUGGGUUCAUGGUAUGCGCUUGUCUUGAUUGCUAUGUAUAACGUAUGGGACCUCAUAGGGAGAUAUCUACCCCUUUUAAAAUGGAUCAAGUUGACGUCACGGAAAGGUCUCAUGGUCGCAAUUCUUUUACGUUUCUUACUCAUUCCAGCAUUCUACUUCACAGCAAAAUAUGGUGACCAAGGAUGGAUGAUUAUGUUGACAUCGUAUUUAGGACUCAGCAACGGUUACCUCACUGUCUGUGUACUUACUGCAGCCCCCAAAGGAUACAAGGGACCUGAGCAAAAUGCACUGGGAAACUUGCUUGUGCUAUUCCUUCUAGCAGGUAUAUUCUCAGGUGUUGCACUUGAUUGGUUGUGGCUCAUAGGGAAAGGCUGGUGAUGCUGCAGCACUAAGAACACAUGAAAUCUACCUGCAACAGCUUAUUGUGUAAACUAAAAGCUGUUCUACAAUAUUUUUUAUGUUAUUUUUAUGAGUCUGAAAUUAUAUUUCUAUAGUUCUAUAUCACAUGUGACAAGUGCAUGAUUUUUUAUUUCUUCCUCAAAGCAUGAAACAAAAUUGGAAGUGCUCUGUUGAGAUUUAUUGAGUUAAAAUUUUCAUGCUGUGUUUGACUUCGUA